ACGAAUUAGUGGGCAGUUGAAUCGUUCUAAUCUCUAGAUGCAACAAGUGUGCGGGCGGCGGGGGACGGGUUUCAGUUUCAGCUUCAGUAACGUCGCGACCAUGGCUACGGACGGACGUACGAAGCGCUCGCAAUCCAUCUGCGCGCCCGCUUCCGCGAGUAUGGAAGCGCUGGCCGCGCCGAUAGAGACUACGCCGGCACCGCGGCGGCGGCCGGCCGCCCGCUCGCAGUCCGCCAGAAUCACCGGCGGACGCUCUGUGAGGCACCGUCGCCAGCAACAACAGCAGCAGCUCGACAGAGAUACGAGAGCGCGGUACAGCUCUGAACCGCGGCUGGCCGAAGCAGAAACUCCACCGCAAGUUCGGAGACAAGCUUCCGCUAGACGCAGGCCCCCUGCCGGACAACACAGCCAGCCGAGACGCUCCAAUGCAUUCCUGGACGUCCCCAAACAACACCAACCCGAAGAAGAACCCGACGAAGAUUCGUACAGGCUACGCACAUUCAACAUAACGCAGAAAGGAGGCAUAGUAAACCGCGGUGACUCGUUCCGUCGCCGCCGCUCCCGGUCAGGCAGCUUAGCACCGGCAUCACCCGCAGCACCGGAGACGCAAGAGCGGCGCCCGGUCGCCUGCCAUCGGGUGGCCAUGGUAGGAGCUCCUGGAGUGGGGAAAACAGCCUUGAUCAGCCAGUUUCAGACUAGCGAAUGUAUUAACGCAUAUGAUAGACAGAGAGAUGCAGAUGGCACAGAGCAAAAAGUAUCGAUUCUACUAAACGGCGAGGAGUCAGAACUAUACUUUGUUAAUUGCACCGGUACAAAGGAGGAAAUAGACCGUUCAGAGCCUCCAGAUGCGUUCGUGAUCAUCUACUCGGUGAUAGACAAGGCAUCCUUCCAGAAGGCUGAACAGGAACUCUCCAGACUGCUGGAUUGUGACAUGCUGCGGUCGAGGCCAGCUGUGUUGGUCGGCAAUAAGAUUGACUUGGCUAGGAGUCGUGCUGUGUCUACACAAGACGGCAAAUGUCUAGCCUGCACAUACAAAGCGAAGUUCAUCGAAGUGUCAGUGGGUAUCAACCACAAUGUGGACGAGUUGCUCGUGGGAAUCCUCAAUCAGAUACGCCUGAAGAAGCAGCAGUACUCCGCAGAAGGUGGCCGGGAAUCUUCCCCUGCACAUUGGUACAAAUCCCGAGGCGUUGUUCGCGCCAGUAUGAAAGCGCGGCAAAUGCUCACGUGGAUUUUCGGCAAGGAAGAUUCGAAAUUCAAAAACUGUGAGAACUUACACGUCCUGUGAGUGGAGAGCGAAGGCCCCGUUUUUGUAUAGACUAAAAAACGCGGGUGGACAGUGUUACCAUGUUAAGUGUAAAUACGCGCCAUGUUAAAUUCCGAUUCCGUGAUCAAAUUUUUGACAGUUAUUUGUUUUUUU